GUGUAUUCUAUGAUGCGAGUUGUUGGUGUGGUUGGCUCGUUGAUUAAUUGUAAAAUUGAGAAAUUUUAACGUGGUACUUGAAGUGUGUUAUUGAUAAGUAGUAUAAAACAACUCGGUAUAGUUGUUUUUUCAAUGAUACUGAAAUAAUGGAUAAAAUACCUAGGACUCAUGAAGCCAUAGAAGCACAAAUACGAGAGAUACAAUCGAAAAAAAAUGAGCUCCCUGAAAAUGGUUCAGGAAAAGGAGUGUCGUUGGGUGAAACAUACUAUGAUAAUGACAUUUAUGAUAAUGCUGGACAAGUAGGCAAAUCCAGGUACGACGGCUAUGUGACAUCCAUCGCCGCAAAUGAUGAGGUUGAAGACGAAGAUGUGGAGAACGUGCCUAUAUCGCAAAAGAGACCUGGCUAUACAGCUCCAGCUUCUCUACUUAAUGACAUAGCUCAAAGUGACAAAGAUUAUGAUCCCUUUGCUGACAAGAGGAGACCCACUAUUGCUGACAGAGAAGAUGAGUAUCGUCAGAAGAGGCGUCGGAUGAUUAUAUCUCCUGAGCGUUCUGAUCCAUUUGCUGAAGGUGGUAAAACUCCAGAUGUAGGCUCACGUACUUACACUGAAAUUAUGAAAGAGCAGUACCUUAGAGCUGAAGAAACAGAAUUAAGAAAAAAAUUGUUAGAAAGAGCUAGGGAAGGUACAUUGAAACCAGUGCCACAAUCAAAUGGAGAAGCAGCUAAACCUGCUGCAGCCAAGCGUAAAGGCAGAUGGGAUCAGAGUUCAGAAGAUACACCAACAGUUAAAAAAACAGUUGUCACAGCAACACCCAGUUCACAGGCUACUCCCUCUUGGGAAAAUGAGCGUGGAGCCUGGGAAGAGACGCCCGGCGGCGGCGGGCGCGGCGGAGAGACGCCGGGAGCGACGCCGUCGGCGCGCGUGUGGGACGCCACGCCCGCGCACCUCACGCCCGGCCACGCCACGCCGGGCCGCGACACGCCCGCGCACCACGCCUCGCGCCGCAACCGCUGGGACGAGACGCCCAAGACCGACCGAGAAACUCCCGGCCAUGCGAGCGGAUGGGCCGAAACACCUCGAACAGACCGCGGUGCAGGCGUUGACACAAUACAAGAAACCCCGACUCCAGGCACGAAGCGUCGCUCGCGCUGGGACGAGACGCCGGGGGCCACUCCGGCCGCGGCCACGCCCACCCCGUCGCACGCCACGCCUUCGCACGCGACCCCCUCACAUGCCACGCCCUCACACGCGACCCCCACGCCGCACACGCCCAUAUUCACACCUGGUGGUUCGACACCAGUGGGAGUGAAGGCAAUGGCAAUGGCCACUCCGACUCCAGGACACAUAGCCGCUAUGACUCCAGAGCAACUUCAAGCUUACCGCUGGGAAAAAGAAAUAGAUGAACGCAAUAGACCAUAUACAGAUGAAGAACUUGAUGCCAUGUUCCCACCCGGGUACAAGGUUUUGCCACCGCCAGCUGGUUAUGUUCCUAUUCGGACCCCGGCUCGUAAGCUGACCGCAACGCCCACGCCUUUGGCGGGUACCCCAAUCGGCUUUUUCAUGCAGACGGAGGAAGUGGGAGGGUCCGCCGCGGCGGCGGCGCGGCUGUUGGACCCGCAGCCCAAGGGCAGUCAGCAGCUGCCCUUCAUGAAGCCCGAGGACGCUCAGUACUUCGACAAACUGCUCGUAGACGUCGACGAGGACUCCCUCUCGCCGGAGGAGUUAAAGGAGAGGAAAAUCAUGAAAUUGCUGCUCAAAAUUAAAAAUGGCACACCGCCAAUGUGCAAAGCAGCUCUUCGUCAAAUAACAGACAAGGCUCGGGACUUCGGUGCUGGCCCUCUUUUUAAUCAGAUUCUCCCCUUGCUCAUGAGCCCAACACUUGAAGAUCAGGAACGCCAUCUACUAGUCAAAGUCAUUGAUCGAAUUCUAUACAAGUUAGAUGAUUUGGUUCGUCCCUAUGUACACAAAAUAUUAGUUGUGAUAGAACCUCUUUUGAUUGACGAAGAUUACUAUGCCCGUGUUGAAGGACGUGAGAUUAUUUCGAAUCUCGCUAAAGCAGCUGGUCUGGCAACUAUGAUCUCUACUAUGAGACCUGACAUUGACAAUAUUGAUGAAUAUGUGCGGAACACUACCGCUAGGGCUUUCGCCGUUGUUGCAUCUGCAUUAGGUAUUCCAUCCUUGCUACCAUUUUUGAAAGCUGUAUGCAGAUCAAAGAAAUCAUGGCAAGCACGACACACUGGUAUUAAAAUAGUGCAACAGAUUGCUAUAUUGAUGGGAUGCGCCAUAUUGCCUCAUCUUAAAUCACUUGUGGAAAUUAUUGAACAUGGCUUAGUAGAUGAGCAGCAAAAGGUGCGAACCAUUACUGCGUUAGCCAGCGCCGCGCUCGCAGAAGCUGCUACUCCAUAUGGUAUUGAAUCCUUUGAUUCAGUUCUCAAGCCCCUUUGGAAGGGUAUUAGAACUCAUCGUGGUAAAGGUUUAGCUGCCUUCCUUAAAGCCAUUGGGUAUCUCAUACCUUUGAUGGAUGCUGAAUAUGCAAACUAUUAUACGCGUGAAGUGAUGCUUAUUUUAAUUCGUGAGUUUCAGUCUCCUGACGAAGAGAUGAAAAAGAUCGUCUUAAAGGUAGUUAAACAGUGUUGUGGCACGGAUGGUGUUGAACCGCAAUAUAUUAUGGAUGAAAUCUUACCCCACUUUUUCAAACACUUCUGGAAUCAUCGAAUGGCACUCGAUCGACGCAAUUACCGACAACUUGUUGAUACUACAGUUGAAAUAGCCAAUAAAGUUGGUGCAUCAGAAAUUAUUAACAGAAUUGUGGAUGAUCUCAAGGACGAUAACGAACAGUACAGAAAAAUGGUCAUGGAAUCUAUAGAAAAGAUUCUUGCUAAUCUGGGCGCAGCUGACAUUGACUCUAAACUUGAAGAAGCCCUUAUUGAUGGUAUACUGUAUGCAUUCCAAGAACAGACAACUGAGGAUGUCGUGAUGUUAAACGGAUUUGGAACAAUAGUAAAUCAGCUAGGGAAGCGUGUAAAACCGUACUUGCCCCAAAUCUGCGGUAUUAUCCUAUGGCGCAUGAACAACAAGUCUGCAAAGGUCCGACAACAGGCUGCUGACCUCAUCUCUCGGAUUGCAGUAGUUAUGAAAACCUGCCAGGAGGAAAAGCUUAUGGGACAUUUAGGUGUGGUACUUUAUGAAUAUUUGGGUGAGGAAUAUCCAGAAGUACUUGGUUCAAUUUUGGGUGCUUUGAAAGCAAUCGUUAAUGUAAUUGGUAUGACGAAAAUGACGCCACCAAUUAAAGAUCUUUUACCUAGAUUGACACCAAUUUUGAAAAACAGACAUGAAAAAGUGCAGGAGAAUUGCAUUGACUUAGUUGGGCGUAUAGCAGACAGGGGCCCAGAGUUUGUAUCUGCUAGGGAGUGGAUGAGAAUUUGUUUUGAACUUCUUGAACUCCUUAAGGCACAUAAAAAAGCUAUUAGACGAGCCACAGUCAACACUUUUGGUUAUAUUGCUAAAGCGAUUGGUCCACACGACGUCUUGGCAACACUGCUUAAUAAUUUGAAAGUACAAGAGCGUCAAAACAGAGUGUGCACAACAGUUGCCAUUGCUAUAGUAGCGGAGACAUGUUCACCCUUCACUGUAUUACCAGCUCUUAUGAAUGAAUACAGAGUGCCAGAGUUAAAUGUACAAAAUGGCGUUCUCAAAUCGUUAUCUUUCUUGUUUGAAUAUAUUGGAGAAAUGGGAAAGGACUAUAUUUACGCCGUAUGCCCAUUACUAGAAGAUGCUCUUAUGGACAGAGAUCUUGUUCACCGACAAACUGCAUGCGCAGCUAUAAAGCACAUGGCGCUGGGUGUUUAUGGUUUUGGUUGUGAAGAUGCUCUCAUUCACUUGUUGAAUCAUGUUUGGCCCAACAUAUUUGAAACUUCGCCCCAUCUUGUACAAGCCUUUAUGGAUGCUGUGGAGGGCAUGAGAGUUGCUCUUGGACCUGUCAAGAUACUUCAAUAUGCUCUACAAGGUCUAUUUCAUCCUGCGAGGAAAGUACGCGAUGUUUACUGGAAGAUAUAUAACACUUUAUACAUCGGAGGUCAAGAUGCUUUGGUCGCCGGAUAUCCCAGGAUACAAAAUGAUCCAAAUAAUCAUUUCAUCAGAUAUGAGUUAGAUUAUUUGUUGUAAGAGGUUCAUUAAUACAUUUAUUUGUGUGAUGAGACAUGUUUUAUUUAGUUGUCCUAAUAUAGUAUGAAACUUUUGUAAAACUUUAACGUGCUUAGUAUAAAAACGAAGUGAAUUAGGAUCUAAUUUAAUUUUCUUAACAAUUUAAUGUGUAAUAUAAAAGAUUUUAUUGUUAAAGCGUCAUUUGUCCUUGAUACGUAAUAUUACUCUGUAACCCUUAUAAAAAAAUUUAACUAUUUCUAUAGAUUUACAUUAAAAAAAACUGUAAUGUAGUAAUGAUUUUUCUCUUGUUAAAUUAUACUUAUAACAUUCAAUAUAAAGCAAUGAAAAUUUAUUCCUAAACUUACUUAGUCAACAUUUUUUUUAAAGAUCAUUCUCAGACCAUGUUAUGAACAUUGCAACUACAUUUGCAUCAAUUACAGUGACAUCAAUUUUCUUUGUUAAUGUAUAAAACAAUAAUUAUUAAAUAAUUUAGUUAUAA